AUGUUCGUCCUCAAAUUCUUCGGGCUCGUCGCUGCUAUGGCAGUUGUCGUCAAUGCUGCACCCGUGGAUGACCCACAUCCCAUUCAUCAACUGACACCCGAAGAGGAAGCUGCACAGGAAGCUGCUUUUGCAGCCAUGAGCUUGGAGCAAAGACUGGUGUAUCACUCUGAGCACAAGGUCUACAAACCCGAGGGGACAGUCAAGUGUCUUAAGGAGUGCAUCGGAGACGCUCCUGGUUAUCCUAUCCAUACCGCUACCUAUGGAGAGGUGUGCAAGAACGACAAGACUCAGUCGGACCUGAUAGUUUGGCUGCGCGAAAAGGUUCGUCCUUGCAUCGAGACCAAGAGGUAUGCAGGAGACUCGGACCGUCUCUCAGAAGACAACACACCGUGUAAUUCGGCCUUCAGCUUUUUCGAAAGCAGAAUCGACGACAUGUGCGCAUACAUACAACAAGAGCUCAGCCACACCCAGCGUGAAGAUACUUGGGAAGAGUGA